AUGCAUGGCAAAGUCCUCUUGUGCUCCCUCUUCUCGUCAAUCUCCCUCGCGACCGCUCUCUCGCCGUUGAACGUCUUCCGCGGCAAUCCCUCACCCGUCCCUCUCAGUCAAGACCAGACAGCAAUGAACCUAGGACCUGUUCAAGGCGGGGACAACCUUGGCCAACCCGGCGGCAAUGUCGGCGAUAGUACCCUUUCGAUCUCUGACAUCCUCCCGCAAACCCGCAAGAUCAAUAUCUUCGCGUCACUGACACGCGACAUUUCCACCGUCACCUCCCGCUUGGAGUCCACCAAGCCUGAAGAUAACACCACUCUCCUGGCUCCCUUGAACAGUGCGAUGCAGGCGCUUCCUCGCAAGCCAUGGGAAGAUAGACCGGGUGAUGACUCGGGUGUGGAUGCCGAGAGAAACGAGGACAAAGCAGCCCGAAAUCUGCAGCGGUUUGUCGAGGAGCAUGUUGUUCCCGUGAGCCCCUGGAAGCCCGGCAAGUCGAAUAAAAUAAAGACACUGGGUGGACAGGAGCUGUGGUGGGAGGAGAACAGUGACGGGGAUAGGGUGGUCAACCCUGGAAAUUUGGUGGUUGACGGUGUUGUUGGAAGAGUGGGUAACGGGGAGAUCUGGGCAGUAAGGGGAGUUGUCAAUUACGCAUGA